AUGGCCACCGCAAGCGACGCACAAACAGGCACCCUAAGGCCCAUGUUCUGGGCUCAUGUGUCUACAGACAAUGCUGGUUACGCCAAUAUUCUGCAGUCCGCUCGCAUACCCUCUAACGAGCAGGAACAUGAGGGAGACUCGUCUGCUGCAAGUUCUACAUCAGAUAGCAGGUCAAGCCAUCGACUAAGCUCAUCCGUUUCCUCGGUCUCGUCGACGGAUUCUGCACCUUCGUCACCAGGAGUAUCUGGAGCAGGAUAUGCGGUUCAACUCAAGAUUCGACGAACCACCCCGAAACGCAAACCAGUACUGCGAAGAUGCUGCUCACCCGUUACCGAGAGCUUACGCGAGAUACGACAGAGACAAUCCGAGGAAGACUUGCGAAAUCUUUACGAGGCACAGACUCUGGCAUAUCUGAACGACGCGAUCCAGUUUUGA